UCUGCCCUAAAGAAGUAAUUUCAGUUGGAAACAUAUCCACUUCGCCGAAGUAGUUAAUUUAAUCCACCACGAACAGGGGAGUUUUAUUUUGUGGCUUCUUCGACGACGUGAUUCCGGUGUUGGAAGUUGAAUUAGGGUUGUGAUCGCUGUCAUGGCGUCAUCGGACGAUGACUCGGAGGAGGAAGUCAUGGAAGUUAUGAAUUACUAUUUCGAAGACGAUAGAGGGGAGCCUUUUUCGUUCUAUCGUUUGCCUCUUCAGUGUAGCGAGAGCGACAGGGUGGAGGGAGAGAAGAAACAAGUUUCGUUGCGCGGAGAAGCAGAUAAUGGUCUGCGGAAGAUUUGGUGUCAAGUCAAGGCGUGGAAGUUCGAUCUCCUGAAUGCGGUUCCUGAGAUUUCAGUGCUGUCGAAGGACAAAAAAUGGAUUAAAUUGGGGAAACCAAGGAAGAGCUACGAGGAGACAAGUAUCAGGACAAUUUUGAUUACAUUGCAUUUCAUUCAUUACGUGAGGAGGAAUCCUGAAGCAUCUCCAAAAUCUGUGUGGGAUUACUUGUCAAGGGUGUUCGGUUGGUAUGAGGUUAGACCUUCCCAAGAUGAUUUGGUGAAACACACUGCUCUCAUCAGAGGAGCUGUUAAAAGAGACGAUGCCUUAGCAAAGUCCAAGUUUUUACAUGCAUUCCUCGAGAAGCCUGGGAGCAUGCACGAUGAGGAUUUCCAACCUACACAUAGGCCUGGAUUUAUAGUCAACGAUAUGGAUGAGGAUAUAGCUGAUGAUGCUGAUGACGAUGGUGCCAAUGAAGAUGAUGAAUUGUUUGACUCUGUUUGUGCAUUUUGUGAUAAUGGCGGUGAACUGUUAUGCUGUGAUGGGAAGUGCAUGAGGUCAUUUCAUGCAACCGAGGAGGCCGGUGAAGAAUCAAUGUGUGUGUCCCUUGGCUUCUCUAUUCCUCAAGUAGAGGCCAUGCAAAAAUUUUUCUGUAAGAAUUGUGAAUAUAAUCAGCAUCAGUGCUUUGCCUGUGGGAAGUUAGGCUCCUCAGAGAAAUCUUCCAGUGCUGAGGUCUUUCGUUGUGUUUCUGCAACCUGUGGCCUUUUUUAUCAUCCUCACUGUGUUGCUGUGUUGCUUCAUUCUGGGGACGAAGUAGCUGCAAUAGAGCUUCAGAAAAAGAUAGCUACCGGGGAAUCAUUUACAUGCCCUAUUCAUAAGUGCUGUGCCUGUGGGCUGGGAGAGGAUAAAAAAGUUUCUGAGUUGCAGUUUGCGAUUUGCCGGCGAUGUCCAACAUCAUACCACCAAAAAUGUUUACCAAGAGAGAUUGCUCUUGAAGACAUAGAGGAAGAAGAUAUAAUAACAAGGGCUUGGAAGGAUCUCUUACCGAAUCGCAUACUUAUAUAUUGCUUAAAACAUGAAAUUGAUGAGGAACUUGGAACUCCGAUUAGAGAUCAUAUUAUUUUCCCCAGUGUUGGAGAAAAGAAGUCCAAUUUGAAAAGGAAGAUAAAACAGGAAUCAGGGUUGCUAAAAAGCCAAGGGAAAAUUCUGCAGAAGAACAGAAGUUUUAGCUCGGAGGAAUCUUUUGGAGGAAUGGCUCGGAAAGUGACUAAAGAGUUGCCUUCUGCUGUGAAAAAAGGUGAAGCUACCCAUGGAAAUAAAAGGUUACCACAUGAACCAGAUUCCUUGAGAAAAGUUAGGGGAAAUGAUGCAUCCCAGAAGUUUGCGAAACGAAUUAAGAAGUCCGUCCCAGCAGAUGCAAGCAUUCCCUCCCUUGGAGAUAGGUUAUUUAAUUUGAUGACUCAGGGAUCUGAGAAAGUGGUUGCGCAACAAGAUACUCCAGAUGGUAACAAAACUGCAGCUAAGAAGCCUACUGCAAAGGAAAUUGAUCACCAGCUUCCUCCAUUAGAUGUUGACACAGAGAGGAGGCUCUCAGAUUUGAUCAAAAAGUCUGAAACUUCCAUAACAAUGGAAAGUGUUGUGAAAAAGCAUAAAAUGCCAUCAACACAUAAAUACUCAGCCAGAUAUGUGGUUGACAAGACCAUAACUACCGGAAAGGUGGAGGGCUCCGUUGAGGCUGUUCGAGCGGCUUUACAAAAGUUGGAGAAUGGGUGCAGCAUUGAGGAUGCAAAAGUGGUCUGUGAGCCUGAGAUCUUGAGCCAGGUUUCCAAGUGGAGGGACAAACUUCAGGUAUAUCUUGCACCAUUUCUGAAUGGCCCGCGCUAUACAUCAUUCGGUCGGCAUUUCACAAAAGUCGAUAAACUCGAAGCGAUUGUUGAGAAGCUUCAGUGCUAUGUGGAAGAUGGUGACAUGAUUGUCGACUUCUGUUGUGGUGCAAAUGAUUUUAGUUGUCUUCUGAAAAGAAAGCUUGACGCAUCAGGGAAGAAGAAAUGCUCAUACCAAAACUAUGAUAUUAUGCCAGCACAGAAUGACUUUAAUUUCAAAAGGCGAGAUUGGAUGACCGUUCCUCGUGAGGACUUGCCUCAAGGCUCACGAUUGAUCAUGGGGCUAAAUCCUCCUUUUGGGGUUAGAGGAGCAUUGGCUAACAAGUUCAUUGACAAGGCCCUUGAAUUUUGUCCGAAACUCCUGAUUCUUAUUGUUCCACCGGAAACCGAAAGGUUGGACAAGAAGGGACCUUAUGACCUGGUUUGGGAGGAUGCACAGCUUUUAUCUGGAAAGUCAUUUUAUCUUCCGGGAUCUGUUGAUGAGAAUGACAAACGAAUGGAUCAAUGGAAUUUGACAGCACCACCGCUAUAUUUGUGGAGCCGUCGUGCAAAGAGUGCACAUCACAGGGCCAUAGCUCUAAAGCAUGGUCACUUGUCCAGGAAAGAAGAAUCACAUUUGGUUGAUCAACACCUUCAGACAGAGGUCUCUAAUCAUUUAAACGAGGACGAUGGAUGUUAUGGCAACACUUCUGUGCUGUCCCAUGAUAUUCCCAUGGACAUUGAUGAGCCAGAAGAAUUCAGAUUUGGGAUCCCUGCAGCUGACCGUCAGCGUCAGAGCUCCACUCACAAUAAUUGCAGCAGAGAAAGCCAGGGUGAUCAGAACCAUGGAAAGAACCCAUCCAUCGGGAUUUCUAAGAAGGAGAUCCUUAGUAAAGAAAAUUCUGGAAGACAAAUGGAUGAGAAAUCACCAGAGGACAAAAAAAAUGGUGGAAGAUCUCCUGUGAGUGAGGUGUACAAGGGAAAUUUCCGUUCUGAGUUCCUUGAAACGCCGUUGCAUGUAGAAGUUGGGGAACACGGGUAUCAGCGUUUUGAUCAUCCUGUGUCUAGUUCACCAGUUUGUUCUGAAACAGCUUAUGCCAGUAACCGGGCCAGCAUAUUCGAUGAUUUCAGUAGAAAGUAUGGCAUGAAUCAUGAUGAGCCUUAUUCAAGUAGAACCGAGAGUCCAACCGUUUCUUCACACUUGGCGAAACCUUUUUCAGGGCAUACAACUAAUGGUGCAGAAGGCUUUGGUCAUCAAUCUCACGUCAGGGAGUCCGAAUUACAGUCAAGAUAUCAAUAUGGACAAGAUGCCACCGAUCCUAUUUAUAGAGAUCUUGGUGAUCUUGGAUAUGGUCAAAUAGGGUCUCAAUUGCCUACAUCUUAUUCGCAUGUCGGUCCUGUGGCUGCUUCCUAUCUGAUGAAUAUGUCAGUAACACAGCGAUACGCACCUCGGCUGGAUGAAAUGAACCAUCCUAGGAUGCCUACUUUGGGAUCUGAGCCACCGCCAAUUGUGAAUAGAAACGAAAUGUUCGACCCUCGAGCACCUCAACGGCAUUUUCAAGAUGGCUCUAUGGGUUUCCCGCGUGGUCCUCACAACCCUAUUCCACACCCAGACAACUCAAACGGUUGGCUUAACUAAUAGAUACUUGGCCUUGAUGUUAACUAGUAGUUGCUGAUGCUAGCUUCUGUUAUUAUAUGCUCAUCUAUAUGGUACUGGAAUUGUAAUCCAGACCUAUUUACUUAUGGUUUUACCUGUAAAUUUCUCCUAAUAUUACGUACUUCAGCACAUGAGAUCUGCAACUGAGAACCAGAGAAGGAAAGAAUCAAUUGGGAAAGGGCAGUCUUUAUGUU